AUGAUUAAAGUUUUUUGGAUAGCUUCUUCAAAUGUAGUUCAACCAAAAGCUAUUAGAAGUUUAGUUGAAAUAGAAGCGGCUAAAAAUUAUUCAGCUCCAACAAUCACAUCUGCCAUCAAGGAAUACACAACAUUGGAGUUAGGUCUUGGUGAAUCUGCGUGCAAGCUGAAGCGCAAAGAAGUAGCAAAUAUCAAAUAUAAAGUUCGUGAGCCUGCAGAAACUUAUCUUAUUGAAAAUCCAAACUUAAAAUUAGAUAUUUUGGAUUCUAUUUCUUAUUUAACAGAGUAG